AUGGCUCCUGCCUGGAUUGGCUUCCACAGGUUCCUUCUGCGCCUCUCCAACCACCCCAGGUGGGGACGGCGGCGGCCCCAGGCUCCCCUGCUCUGGCUCCUGCUCCUGGGCUGGCCCGCCUGGGUCCAGCUGGCCACCUUCAAGGUGGGGGUGAUGGGGCCCUGGGCCUGCGACCCCAUCUUCGCCCAGGCCUUGCCCGAGGUGGCCGCCCAGCUGGCCGUUGGGCGGCUCAACAGAGACCCCACCGUGAACCAGGGCUACUGGUUCGACUACGUGCUGCUGAACGAGGAGUGCCAGACCAGCCAGGCGCUGGUGGCCUGGGUCAACGCCGAGCGUUACGCCUCCGGCUUCGUGGGGCCGCUCAACCCGGGGGCCUGCGGGGCGGCCGGGCCGCUGGGCCGGGCCUGGAACAAGCCAAUCUUCUCCUGGGCCUGCCAGAACGGGGACGCCGAGGUGGAGCGGUGGGGCACCUUUGCCCGGCCCCUGCCCCGGGCCUCGUCCGUCCUCUACGCCGUCCUCAAGUUCUUCCGCUGGGCCCACGUGGCCGUGGUCACCUCCCGGCAGGACCUGUGGGUGGAGGUGGGGCAGGGCCUGGCCAGCUCCCUGCGCGAGUUCGGCUUGCCCGUGGGCGUGGUGACCACCAUGGAGCCCGGGGCCGACGGGGCCCGCAAUGCCCUGCGGAAGGUGCAGCGGGCCGACAACGUCAGAGUGGUGGUGAUGUGCAUGCACUCGGUGCUGCUGGGCGGGGAGGACCAGCGCCUCCUGUUGGAGAAGGCCGAGGACCUGCGCAUGACGGACGGCACCUUCGUCUUCAUCCCUUACGACGCGCUGACCUACAGCCUGCCCUACCGCCGGACUCCCUACCCCGUGCUGGGUAACAGCACCAAGCUGCGGCUGGCCUACGACGCCGUGCUCACCGUCACCGUCGACGCCCCCGAGCGCGGCUUCCGCGAGGCUUUCCAGGACGCCCAGCAGGCGCGCGAGCUGCCGGCUCACCUGGACCCCGCGCAGGUGCACCCACUCUUUGGCACCAUCUACAACUCCAUCUACUACCUGGCCAAGGCGGUGGAGCGCACUCGGCAGGCCGGCCGCUGGGUGAUGGGCUCCAGCGUCGCUGAGCACGCCCGGGACUUCCAACUGGAUGGCUUCUGCCAGCCGCUGGCGGCCGACGAGGACGGCGACCCCCUGGUGAGCUACAUCAUCCUCGACACAGACGGCAAAGGGAACCGCCUCUGGCCCACCUACAGCGUGUCCAUGGGGCCCGAGGGGCUGCGCUACGUGGGGCACACCAUCCACUGGCCCCACAGCGCCAGCCCCAGCACCGACUCGAGCUGCUGGUUCGACCCAACGUCCGUCUGUUCCGGGGGGGUGGACCCCAGCUUCAUCCUGCUCCUGUUCAUCCUGGUUUCCAGCUUGAUCGUUGCGGGAACGGUUCUUGCUUACUACGUCAGGCGCCGGAUCCUGCACGCCCAGCUGAUGAAAGGGCCCAACAAGAUCAUUCUGACCAUGGACGACUUGACGUUCAUCCACACCCAGAGCAGCAACAAAAAGAUGGACGACAGCCGCACCAGCCUGGCGGGGAGGAGCGUCUCCGACAUGAGGAGCUUCAAGAGCCUGGCAGCUGCCCCCGACAACACCAACGUGGCGGUCGCCGAGGGUGACUGGGUUUGGCUGAAGAAGUUCCCAGGGGACAAGCACACGGAGAUCAAGCCGGCCACCAAAACCAGCUUCUGCAAGCUCCGGGACCUGCGGCACGAGAACGUGAACCUGUUCCUGGGCUUCUUCUACGACUGCGGGGUGUUCGCCAUUGUCUCGGAGCACUGCUCCCGCGGCAGCCUGGAGGACCUCAUCCGCAACGAGGACAUGAAGCUCGACUGGAUGUUCAAGUCGUCCCUGCUCAUCGACCUCAUCAAGGGGAUGAAGUACCUCCAUCACCGGGACGUGGUCCACGGGCGGCUGAAAUCGCGGAACUGCGUGGUGGAUGGGCGUUUUGUGCUGAAGGUGACGGACCACGGCUUCAAUGAGCUCCUGGAGGCCCAGAAGAUCCCACAUAACCCACCCAGGCCUGAAGAGCGGUUCUGGACGGCGCCGGAGCUGCUGCGGGACCCGACGCUGGAGCGCAAGGGGACCUUCCGCGGGGACGUCUACAGCAUUUCCAUCAUCAUGCAGGAGGUGAUCUGCCGCAGCGCCCCCUACUGCAUGCUGGACAUGCCGGCCGAUGAGAUCAUCCGGAAGGUGGAGAAGCCGCCCCCGCUGUGCCGUCCCUCGGUCUCGGUGGACCAGGCCCCGCUGGAAUGCAUCCAGCUGAUGAAGCAGUGCUGGAGCGAGCAGCCCGAGCGGCGGCCGACCAUCGACCAGAUCUUUGACCAGUUCAAGAACAUCAACAAAGGGCGGAAGACCAACAUCAUCGACUCCAUGCUGCGCAUGCUGGAGCAGUACUCCAGCAACCUGGAGGAUCUGAUCCGGGAGCGGACGGAGGAGCUGGAGAUCGAGAAGCAGAAGACGGACAAGCUGCUCACCCAGAUGCUGCCACCGUCGGUGGCGCAGGCGCUGAAGAUGGGGACGCCGGUGGAGCCGGAGUACUUCGAGGAGGUGACGCUCUACUUCAGCGACAUCGUGGGCUUCACCACCAUCUCGGCCAUGAGCGAGCCCAUCGAGGUGGUGGACCUGCUCAAUGACCUCUACACCCUCUUCGACGCCAUCAUCGGCUCCCACGACGUCUACAAGGUGGAGACCAUCGGAGACGCCUACAUGGUGGCCUCGGGGCUGCCCCAUCGGAACGGGAACCGGCACGCGGGCGAAAUCGCCAACAUGUCGCUGGACAUCCUGAGCGCCGUCGGCUCCUUCCGCAUGCGCCACAUGCCCGACGUGCCCGUCCGCAUCCGCAUCGGCCUGCACUCCGGGCCCUGCGUGGCUGGUGUGGUAGGGCUCACCAUGCCCCGGUACUGCCUCUUCGGGGACACCGUCAACACCGCCUCCCGCAUGGAGUCCACCGGCCUGCCUUACCGGAUCCACGUGAACAUCCGCACGGUCACCAUCCUGCAUUCGCUGAAGGAGGGAUUCAGACUGGACGUUCGAGGCAAGACAGAGCUCAAGGGCAAAGGCGUAGAAGACACGUACUGGCUGGUGGGACGAGACGGAUUCAACAAACCCAUCCCCACGCCCCCCGACCUGCAGCCGGGGGCGAGUAACCACGGCAUCAGCCUGGAUGAGAUCCCCGCAGACCGGCGGAAGAAGCUGGAGAAAGCCCGGCAGAACAAGUAGCGAGGGAGGCCAGCGAGCGGGAGGCCGGGCUGGGCGGCGAUCCGUGGCCAACACCACCUGACACUUCCCGGCCAGUCCCUGUGGGGCAGAGUCAAAUUGCUCCCCCCCUUUGCCCCCACCACGCCCUGUGGAAGGAAGAUGGGCCGGGCCGGGCGGGCAACUCGUGCCGGUCGCCGGAAAUGGACUCAUCUUUUCGUGCGCUGGUCCCACCCCCCCCCAGGUGCAUUGUGGGACUGUUGGCUUUGUAGCGGAAGAUCCAGGUGCAUUAUGGGACUUCGGCCCACCUGGAAUUUCCAUGCACCUCCUACGACAAAGCACCAGGUGCGUUAUGGGACUUUGGCCAACCUGGGAUCUGCCGUUCACCUCCCACCAAGGACCCCAGGUGCAUCAUGGGACUUCAAUCAACCUGGGAAUUCACGUUCAUUCCGGUAAUGGGCAGCGUCCCCUGGGACCUGCCGUUCUCCCCGUUUUCUUCAGGGAUUCAGACGGUACCACUGCGAGGAGACGGGGCUGGGCGGGUGAUUUGUUCCUACCCUAAUUGCUUUCUGCAGAGAACCCCGGACGGACAAGAGCGGGGAAUGGAGCGAUGCCCCCAUGGGGUUACCGCAGUUUGCUGGCAGAGUGCUGGGGGAUUAGCCCCCUUUAGGGGGCGCCGGCUCCCG